GAUGACAGAAAGUGAAUAAAAGGAGGGUGCUGCAGGGUGACAGUUCACUUUGUGAGGGGAUCAGGACCGAGGAUGAGGAGGGCUCUGCUGUGGCUCCUGGCCUGUCUGGCCUUUGGAUCACUCUCUUCUCUGGCUGAUGGAGCUUCACUGCAGGUUAUGUCUGCCCCCAACUUGUUGCGGGUAGGAACAGCAGAAAACAUCUUUGUGGAGUGUCAGGACUGCACAGGAGCAGACAUCAGAGUUGAAAUCAGUGUGAUGAAUCAUCCAACCAAAAACAAAAGGCUGGGAUCCACUUCUGUGACCCUCACUAAUGCAAACCACUUCCAGGCAUUGGGAGAAAUAACGAUCCCUGCUGGAGACUUCAGUCGGGAUCCCAACAUGAAGCAGUACGUGUACCUACAAGCUCAGUUCCCUGACCGCCUGCUGGAGAAAGUCGUCCUGGUGUCCUUCCAGUCCGGGUACAUCUUCAUCCAGACUGACAAGACCCUCUACACCCCCGACAGUAAAGUUCAUUACAGGAUGUUUGCAGUGACCCCCAGAAUGGAGCCUGUAGAGAGAGAAGAUGCUGAAACUGAUGCUUCUAUUGCUAUUGAGAUUGUGACUCCUGAAGGCAUCAUUUUACCACUUGAUACAGUCUCUCUGAGAUCAGGGAUCCACAGUGGGGAUUACCAACUAGCUGAAAUUGUCAGUCCUGGAGUGUGGAAGGUGGUGGCAAAGUUUCACAGCAACCCACAACAGAGCUACUCUGCCGAAUUUGAGGUCAAAGAAUAUGUAUUGCCCAGUUUUGAAGUCAAGCUGAACCCUGUGAGCCCGUUCUUCUAUGUGGACAGCCAAGAAUUCACCGUUAACAUCAAAGCUACGUAUCUGUUUGGCGAAGAGGUGGAUGGGACAGCUUAUGUGGUGUUCGGAAUUUUAGAAGACAAUGAAGCAAAGACGAAGAGGAGCUUACCAGGUUCUCUUCAGAGAGUGCCGAUCCAGAAUGGAGCUGGGGUGGUUACUCUGAAGAGAGAGCACAUUACACAGACUUUCAACGUCAUGGAUCUUGUAGGGAAAUCCCUGUUUGUAGCUGUCAGCGUGCUUACAGAGAGCGGUGGUGAAAUGGUGGAGGCAGAGCUGAGAAAUAUCCAGAUUGUUACAUCACCUUACACCAUCACCUUCAAGAAAACACCAAAGUUUUACAAACCAGGAAUGUCCUUUGAUGUUUCGGUGGAAGUUGCUAAUCCUGAUGGCACACCAGCACAAGGUGUGCCAGUGGUGGUAAAUCCAGGCCAGGUGCAGGGAUAUACUGUAGCUAACGGCAUGGCAAGGCUAACCAUCAAUACAGAAGCCAGGACCACCAGACUGUCUAUUACUGCAAAAACAAGUGAUCCUGGCAUUUCACCUGAAAGGCAGGCAACAGCCACCAUGGAGGCUGCCUCAUAUACCACCAGAAGCAACAACUUCAUCCACAUAGGUGUGGAUGCAGCUGAGCUGGAAUUAGGAGAAAAUCUCAAAGUGAACCUGAAUCUUAACAGGCAGGCAAACGCUCAAAAUGAUAUUACAUACCUGGUCCUGAGCAGAGGUCAGCUGGUGAAACAUGGCAGAUACAAGGCAAAAGGUCAGGUGCUGAUUUCCCUGAUCAUUCCCAUCUCUAAAGAAAUGCUGCCAUCAUUCCGCAUCGUUGCCUACUACCACACAAGCGAUAAUGAAGUGGUGUCAGACUCUGUUUGGGUGGAUGUGAAGGACUCCUGCAUGGGUUCGCUGAGGUUGGAGUCAACAAGACCUGCUCCAUCCUAUGAGCCUCGUAGGAUGUUUGGUCUGAAGGUAACUGGAGACCCAGGGGCCACAGUUGGACUGGUGGCAGUUGACAAAGGUGUCUAUGUCCUGAACAACAAGCACCGUCUCACCCAGAAGAAGGUGUGGGACAUUGUAGAGAAAUAUGAUACAGGCUGCACACCAGGAGGAGGAAGAGAUGGCUUGGGUGUGUUCUACGAUGCUGGGCUGUUGUUUGAGUCUAAUACUGCCUCUGGGACUCCAUACAGACAAGAAUUGAAAUGUCCAGCCCCUGCCAGGAGAAGAAGAUCCGCCACCAUAAUGGAAGUUACAACAAGUUUAUUGGGUAAAUACAACAGUGAUCUACAACGUGACUGUUGUCGGGAGGGCUUCAAGGAGACAACUGUUUCAUAUAGCUGUGAGAGGCGCAGCAAGUACAUUGUGGACGAUCAAUCCUGUGUUGAUGCCUUCCUACACUGCUGCAGGGAGAUGGAAAGCCAGCGAGCAGAGCGUAAAGAGGAAAACCUCCAACUGGCUCGAAGUGAGGAGGAUGAUGACAGCUACAUGGACAGUAAUGAAAUUGUGUCUCGCACCAAGUUCCCUGAGAGCUGGCUGUGGUCUGAUGUUAAACUUCCCGCUUGUCCUCGACAAACCCCGAACUGUGACACCACAUCACUUGUGAAAAAUGUUCCUUUGCAAGAUUCAAUCACAACUUGGCAGUUCACGGGCAUCAGUCUGUCCCAAACUCACGGAAUAUGUGUUGGUGAGCCAUUAGAAGUAAUUGUGAGGAAGGAGUUCUUCAUUGAUCUUAGACUGCCGUACUCUGCUGUUAGAGGAGAGCAGCUUGAAAUCAAAGCGAUCCUCCAUAACUACAGCCCAGAUCUUGCCAUUGUGCGUGUGGAUCUGAUUGAGGAGGAGCAUGUGUGCAGUGCAGCAUCUAAACAUAGACGCUAUCGCCAAGAGGUCAAAGUUUUUCCUCAGAGUACCAGGUCUGUGCCCUUUGUCAUUAUUCCCAUGAAGGAAGGACAGUUCCAAAUCGAGGUCAAAGCAGCUGUGAGGGACUCAUCGCUCAAUGAUGGAAUCAUGAAGUUGUUACGUGUGGUGCCUGAAGGUGUUCUAGUAAAACAUCCUCAAAUCAUAAUUCUAGACCCCGCUACAAAAGGUGUAGGCGGUAGACAAGAAGAAAUCCUGAACAGUGGAAUUCCUAGGAAGGAUCUGGUUCCAAACACGCCAACCAGCACACAGAUCUCAGUGACAGGAAGAGAAGAGGUUUCUGCCUUGGUGGAGAACGCCAUAAGUGGACAUUCAAUGGGAAAGCUGAUCUACCAGCCCUCUGGCUGCGGAGAGCAAAACAUGAUCCACAUGACCUUGCCUGUCAUUGCCACAACAUACCUGGACAAAACAAACCAGUGGGAAACUGUGGGCUUUCAGAAACGUAACGAGGCCCUUCAACACAUCAAGUUUGGCUACCAAAAACAACUUACCUACCGUAAAAAUGACGGAUCGUUUGCCGUGUGGCCAAAGCACCAAAGCAGCACCUGGUUGACCGCCUAUGUUGCCAAAGUGUUAGGCAUGGCCAAUAAUCUGGUGGCAGUGGAAAGCUAUGUGAUCUGUGACGCCAUCAAGUUUCUGAUUCUCAAUGCACAGCAGCCGGACGGCGUGUUUAGAGAAGUUGGAAGAGUCAGUCAUGGAGAGAUGAUUGGUGAUGUGCGUGGUUUAGACUCAGAUGCCUCCAUGACGGCCUUCUGCCUCAUUGCCAUGCAGGAGUCACGCACACUGUGUUCAGACAGCGUUAAUAGUUUACCUGGCAGUGUAGACAAAGCAGUGACCUACCUGGAAAACCGUCUGCCCCACCUCACUAACCCAUAUGCUGUUGCAAUGACAUCAUACGCCUUGGCCAAUGCAAACAAAUUCAACAAAGAAGCUCUUUACAGAUUUGUUUCCCCAGAGUUGUCACACUGGCAUAUACCUAACAAACAAGUUUUCACUCUGGAGGCAACAGCUUACGCCCUUCUUGCUCUUGUGAAGACCAGGAAAUUUGAAGAUGCCAGACCCAUUGUCCGAUGGUUCAACAAACAGCAAAAGGUGGGCGGAGGUUAUGGAUCAACUCAGGCUACCAUAAUGGUGUACCAGGCUGUGGCUGAUUACUGGGCCAGUGCUAGAGAACCAGAGUAUGAUCUGAAUGUGGAUAUUGCGAUUCCAGGCAGAUCAAGGCCUGAUAAAUGGAACUUUAACAGAAACAACCACUACGCUACGAGAACAACUAAAAUCAAUGAUAUCAACCAGAACAUCACAGUGACUGCCGUAGGGACAGGGGAGGCCACAGUGAAGAUGGUGUCGCUGUAUUACGCUCUGCCUAAAGAAAAGGAGAGUGACUGUCAGAAGUUCAACGUGUCUGUGCAGCUCUUUCCAGUGAAAAUGGAUGAAGAUGAGAGGACUUACAGACUGAGGAUAGAUGUUUUGUACAAAGACCCAGACCAUGAUGCAACCAUGUCAAUCCUGGAUAUUGGCCUGCUAACUGGCUUCACUGUCAACAAACAAGACUUGGACAUACUAUCUAAAGGACGUGCUCGCACCAUCGCCAAAUAUGAGAUGAACACAGUGCUAUCAGAAAGAGGCUCUCUCAUCAUCUACCUGGACAAGGUUUCUCACACAUAUCCAGAAGAGAUCACAUUUAGGAUUCAUCAGAAGUUGAAAGUUGGAGUGCUACAACCAGCCACUGUGUCCGUCUAUGAAUACUAUGACCAAAAACCCUGUAUAAAGUUUUAUCACCCAGAGAGGAAAGCUGGACAGCUGCUGCGGCUCUGCAGAAAUGAUGAAUGCACAUGUGCUGAAGAGAACUGCAGUAUGCAGAAAAAGGGCGAAAUUGACAAUGAUCAGCGGACUGCUAAAGCCUGUGAGAGCACGGCGACCAGCAAAAUAGAUUUUGUGUACAAAGUGAGACUGGAAGAAUUUACAGACGGUUUGUCCACUGACAUUUAUAUGAUGAGGGUACUGGAAGCCUACAAAGAAGGAAGUUAUGAUGUGGGUCCUCGGGGUAAAUUGCGUACAUUCCUUAGUUAUCAACACUGCAGGGAGUCUUUGGAUCUGAGGGUCGGCAAAACCUACCUGAUCAUGGGCACAUCCAAAGAUAUUCACAUUGAUGAGCAAAAUCUAUCGUAUCAGUAUGUUCUGGGUGAGAGAACCUGGAUCGAGUACUGGCCCACAGAUGCUGAAUGUCAAAUUGAAAAUUUCAGAUACACCUGCUUGGGCAUGGAGGAGCUGGUCCAGCAGUAUGAACUCUUUGGAUGUCAGCAGUAGAGAAAUUCAAAAACAUAAAAUGUUAUUUUCAGACUGUUUUGCAUUAUUCUGAAUUUGUAAGAGCCACCAAAGUAAAUUUUUUGCAUUGUAUUGAUUAAAAUAUUCAGCCUUUGA